AUGUCAACUGUACAUGCAGUGCGUAAAGGGAUGAAUCGCAUACUCGACGGAAUAAUGCAAUAUCGUCAAGCGCUAAGGCCAACACUUUUGGAAGAAUUCAAAAAAGUGGCAAUGGGACCUUCUCCUGAAGGUCUUCUUCUAACAUGUGUUGAUAGUCGUGUGGUUGCAUCGCGUUUAACUCAAGCAGUGCCUGGUCAAUUGUUUUUUGUAAGAAAUCCUGGUAACUUAGUUCCACCUUACGAUUAUUUUGAGAAAAAUAACAUUGUUGGUGGUGAAUGUGCAGCAUUGGAAUUAGCAUGCUCAAGAAAUAACGUACCAGUCAUUACUGUUUUCGGUCAUUCUGAUUGUAAAGCGAUGAAUUUAUUAUACCGUAUUCGAAACGAAAUUUCAAUUCCGUCAAAGAAUCCACUCGAUCAAUGGUUGAAAGUUCAUGCUAAGGGAACGGUUGAGCAAUUUCAAAAACUCGAAUCGUCCAGUGAUUUCAAACGUAAACUCGUGUUCGCUAGUGCACAACACCAUGAAGAUGAUUUCGAAGCAUAUAUUGACCCGAAUAAUGAGUAUAAACCGUCGGAUAAACUGUCGCAGAACCUAUCGAAAUCUGUCAGUCACAAUGCGACAAACACCGAAAUAUGGCAAGUCUUGAUUAGCUAUUCAAUUAUGUAA